AUGAGGCCAGCCGCACGUCUCUUCGCCGCCGUCAGGCCUGCUGCCCAGAGGGUUCUCCAGCCCGGCGCGCCCACCGGCCUGACCGGCCUGUUCACCCACGCCGCGCCCCGGCCCACGCUGCUCUUCCUCUACAGCCAGACGCUCGACAAGCUCAAGCAGCUUCCCGAGAGCUCCGUCUACCGCCAGUCCACCGAGGCCCUGACCCGCCACCGCGCCAACAUUGUCGAGUCCGUCAAGCCCGCUGGCUACGACGAAUGGCUGGAGCGCGUCAAGGAGCAGAUCGCCAACGAGCCUGAGAUCUUCGAGAAGCACGGCAUGGGCGUCAAGUACAACCUUGACGGCAAGGAGUUCAUUUCCAUGAAAGAAGUUCAAGAGGCCGACGAGCGCGAGGAAGAGUGGGAUAGCGAGCCCGUGGAGGCCCCGACGCUCGAGGGCGUCAGGACCACGGAGGAGAGGAGAGGCCAGAGGGAGGAGCUUGGCGAGGGCAAGCCGAUCACCCCGGACAAUGUCAAGAACUUCCGCUUGGAGGCGGAGCCCAGUUUGACCGCUGACCAGAUUGCCGAGGUGGAGAACCAGAUUGGUUCAGGUCUGAUUGAGGAAGUCAUCCGGGUCGCCGAGGGCGAGCUCGAGCUUGUUGACAGCAUGACCAAGGAGAGAGUGUGGGAGGAGCUCUGCGAGAAGCCGGCCGAGGGCCAGUGGAAGUACUUUGAGCGC